AUGAAUGAUUUUGUUGAAACUUGUCCAAUUUGCCUGGAACCUAUAGCGAAAGAAGGUGAUCAUCAGAUGUGGGUUCUUUCAUGCGGCCACUUAUGCGGAUAUUCGUGUUUAAUGCAAUGGUUUGAGAAUUUAGAAGGUGCAAAAACGUGUCCAAAGUGUAGAAAGGUUGUUGAUGAAACGCAAACACGUAAAUUGUUUUGGAAUGGCAAUAUUCCUUUAGAAAGUUCCGAAAUUGACAGCUUAAAUGAAAAACAUAAAGAUUAUGAUCAAAAAAUCAAGUUUAUACGCGAAAUAAUUAACAAACUAAAACGAGAUAUUAAUAUUUACCAAUUCGAGUCAGAGAAUAAAGAUAUAUAUCACGCUAGACACGCUCCUUUAAUAGAAAAAAAAUCUGUAAAUCGCCCUUCAUUAAUAUUUGAAACUCCGAUAACCAAUGGAUUCCGCGUAUCAGUUACACCUAAAAACAUCGUUGUUACUUGCCAAAACAAUGACGGAAAAUACGGAAUAAAAUUUUUCGAAAAUCAAAACUUUACAGAGUCAAAAUUCAUUCCACUGCAUACCCAACAGAUCAGAGACUUAUCAUCCCCUAUAUUAGAUGCAGAUGUUGUUGCUACAGUUUCCACAGAUUGUAUUUUGAACCAAACAUCGUUAAGAACAUCCCAAAUCAUAUCGAGAACAGAACUACAAGCUCCAUUAUGGUGUUGUGAAUGGGCUCGUCCCACUUGUAUCGCUGUCGGAGCUACAAAUGGCCGAUUUUUUAUUGUUGACGGCCGAGGAACAACUCCUGUCAAUAUCCAAGUAGAACCAGGGCCACCUGUUACAUCCAUUAUACGUGUAGAUGAUGAUUUCCUGUACGUUGUUACUCCAAAAAAGGGAAUUUUAUAUGAUAUCAGAUCAUCUGGUUUUACUAGAUGUUUUAUUGAUGGAUUCAACUCUGGAUGUGCUUGUACUGGUCAUCAACAGAUAUUUGCUUCGUUGUUACGUAAAGGAACAACAGCUGAGUUCAGUUUGAACAAAUUUAAUCAAUCUCGAACAAAAAGUACAAUUGGAACCUUUAAUAUCGACUUCUACAAGACAUUUGCAAGGCCUGCAGUGUGUUGUUGUGGUUCUACAAUAUGUGCUUGCGCUCCAAAUGGAGAUAACUUCGAAAUUUUCUUUUCUUCUGUCAAAGAACCAUCUCUUUCAAACAGAGCCACAGAGAAAUGGAAGUACUUGUUUUACAAUGAACAGCCUGCUCCAAUAUUAGACAUUUCGCUCGGAAAAAGCUAUGAUUUAAUGUUAGCUACUUUGUCUGAGAAAAACUUGAGAGUUUUUUCUAUCCCUGUUUGA